AAUCGGUGGACCGUUCAGCCAGGAGCGCGCAUGCGCACUGAGCAAGAUCCGGGCUUGGGGCAGGAUGAAUGCUAAUUUUCAAGAUGGCGGCGGAGGGAGGAGGGAAGGAGAUGAACGAAAUUAAAACUCAGUUCACCACCCGGGAAGGCGUCUAUAAACUCCUCACUCACUCCGAAUACAGCCGCCCAAACAGGGUGCCUUUCAACUCCCAGGGCUCAAACCCGGUCAAAGUCUCCUUCGUAAACGUCAACGACCAGUCUGGCAACGGCGACAGAAUCUGUUUCAAUGUGGGCCGGGAGCUCUACUUUUAUAUCUACAAAGGCGUCAGAAAGGCCGCUGACCUCAGCAAGCCCAUAGACAAGAGGAUAUACAAAGGAACGCAGCCCACCUGCCACGACUUCAACCACCUGACGGCGACGGCGGAGAGUGUGUCGCUGCUGGUGGGCUUCUCGGCCGGACAGGUGCAGCUUAUCGACCCCAUCAAGAAGGAGACCAGCAAGCUGUUCAACGAGGAGAGGCUCAUAGACAAGUCGCGGGUGACCUGCGUGAAAUGGGUGCCCGGCUCCGAGGGCCUCUUCCUGGUGGCUCACUCCAGCGGCAGCAUGUACCUCUACAACGUGGAGCACGCCUGCGGUACAGCGGCGCCCCACUACCAGCUGCUGAAGCAAGGCGACGGCUACGCCGUGCACACCUGCAAGAGCAAGUCCACGCGCAACCCGCUGCUGCGCUGGACGGUGGGCGAGGGCGCGCUCAAUGAGUUCGCUUUCUCGCCCGACGGCAAGUUCUUGGCUUGCGUGAGCCAGGACGGCUUCCUGCGUGUCUUCAACUUCGAUGCCGUUGAGCUGCACGGGACCAUGAAGAGCUACUUCGGGGGCCUGCUGUGCGUGUGCUGGAGUCCCGACGGCAAGUACAUCGUGGCGGGGGGGGAGGACGACCUGGUCACCGUCUGGUCGUUCCUGGACUGCCGGGUCAUCGCCAGGGGCCAUGGCCACAAGUCCUGGGUGAGCGUGGUGUCGUUUGACCAUUACACCACCAGCGUAGAGGAGAGUGACCACACGGAGUUCAGUGGCAGCGACGAGGAGUUCCAAGACCAGAUCCACUUUGGCCGAGACCGGGCCAACAGCACGCAGUCGCGGCUCUCCAAGCGGAACUCCACGGACGGACGGCCGGUCAGCGUCACGUACCGGUUCGGCUCGGUGGGCCAGGACACGCAGCUGUGCCUCUGGGACCUGACUGAGGAUAUCUUGUUCCCCCACCUGCCGCUGUCCCGGACCAGGACGCACACAAACGUCAUGAACGCCACCAGCCCGCCCCCGACGGGCAGCGGCAACGGCGGCAGCGGCAACGGCGGCAGCAGCGCUGUGAGCAACAACCCCGGCACCAACGGCAACAGCGCCCCCUCCGCCAGCAACCCAGUGGCGGGCUCGUUGUCCGCUACGCUGCCGCGCUCCAACAGCCUCCCGCACUCGGCGGCCGGUGGGGCCAACAGCAAAGUGGGAGGGGGGGGCACGGACAGCGCCGUGGCCUCAGGCGUCAGCAAGUUCGCCACGCUAUCGUUGCACGAGCGCAAGGAGCGACACCACGAGAAGGAUCACAAGAGGAACCACAGCAUGGGGCACAUCAGCAGCAAGAGCAGCGACAAGCUCAACCUGCUGACCAAAACCAAAGCGGACCCCGCAAAGACCCUGGGCACCACGCUGUGUCCCCGCAUGGAGGACGUGCCCCUGUUAGAGCCUCUCAUCUGUAAAAAGAUAGCACACGAAAGACUCACGGUCUUGAUAUUCCUCGAGGACUGUAUUGUCACAGCUUGUCAGGAGGGAUUUAUUUGCACAUGGGCGCGGCCCGGCAAGGUGGGUUUAUUGUCAUCCCAAAACCAAGCCAACUCUCCCAGCGGGACAGUAGUAUAGCCACCAUAUUUGUGCUGCUAAGAGACCUUCAUCACCGAGAUGUACUGUCGCCGGAGCCUGGCGCUGUCUUUACCUGCACAGCACUGCAAGCUCCGGGGGUUCCCCCUCCCGCCCCGCCCCUCCCCGCCGUGUCAGAGCCCGCCAACCAAUGGAGAAGGUUGAAGGGCAGGUCUGGGUCAUGGUUCUGGACACUUUAUUUAUUUUUAAUGUUUUUUUUUUUUUAACCCCCUUCCCCAGCUGCUUCAGUUCCUUACCUUCUGUCACACUUCCAUUCUGUAGUGUUUUUUUUUGUCCACUGGUUUUUGCAGCCCCCGCCCCCCCCCCCCCCCCAAAGGAAAGCAGAUCGAUAUCCGCUUCCCCUGACUCAUGAGUACUCAGCCGAUAGUGAUAGAGAGCGCGAGAUGAGAAAGCACCCCCCCUUUCCCGCCCCAGUCCCCAAAUUAGAUUCUCACAGGUUGGAUAUUUUGCACUGAUCUUUGUCUUUGUUUUCUGAAUACUAUACCGGAACAAAACCGCGACGUGACGCCAUGAGGGCGGCCCGGUCCAGCCCGGCCCGGAUGCAUUUCGGCUCACGGCGAGUCGUCAGCUUCAGGCUUGAACCUUUGAAUCUGAAAGUUGGAUGCUGCAAUCAUAGUUUUUUAAAAAGAGAAAAAAAAGAAAAAUGUUUGCACUUAAUAGUUUGUUUAGAAGAGAAUGGCUUUACAAUUGUUGGGGUGUGCAAGGGCUCCCAGACAGUUAUAAGGUGGAGAAAAUGUUAAAUGAUUAAAACCUUUGUAUCUAUUGAGCAUUUAUUUUAAUAUUGUUUCAGAUUAAAAUCUGCUCUGUAUUAUAUGUAUAAUAUUGUAAUUCAGUGAUUGAUGGGGCAAAACAAAUGAUCAUUACACUAGUGGAAUUUGUCUUCAUUAAAGGAAAAUAGUGAUAUUUCUAAUGCAGAAUAAUAUACAUAUUAAUAUUAAAGAGAUCUUGAAUAUACAGGUUUUGUUUCUUUUCUGUUGUACAAAUAGAUCAUUCAGAUGUAUUUUUCUUAAUUAAAUGUUUGGUAUAGGAGAUCCCUUUAUAUCAGAAGCUCUAAUCCUCAAGAAGCUCUAAUGUUCCAGAUUCAUCAGAUGUACGUCAGUGAGGCAGAGGAACAGCGAGAGCCUGCAUUUCGAAGCUCAGGAAGUCCAAGGCAGGCCGAAAGCAUCCAGGCAUUCUUAUUUUGCUUAACAUCAGCAAUGCUGUUCUGUGUAACGUGAGGUAGCAUUCACUAGAAGCCGCUAGGCCCGUGGUUCCGCUUUAGGAGCACUGUCCGUGUGACACUAUUAAAACCUUUUAAUGUA